UGCGCACUUCAAGCAUUUGCCUAGUGUGUUAACACGCUUUUGCUCUGUUCUCACGUUGGGGGAAAAUUCGGAUUUACAAUCACAUUGCAAAUCUAUAAAACCGAUUAUCCUUAGACAUGGGAGGUCAGGCAAAGAGCAGUAAGAAGAACAACAAACCGAAGAGGAAAAACCAUCGAACUAAAAAGGCAGAUGCUGGAGGAUUUGUUGAUUUGUCACCUCAAGAAAGGAUGAAGCUAAGAAUGCACGAGAAAGCUAAGAAGAAGACAUCCCAGAAAUAUUCAGUGGAGCAACUACUUGAGAAGACUGAAGAAUACAUGGACAGCUUUGACUUUGAGAUGGCUGGCCUCUUCUGUCAGCGAGCCUUGGAUGUGGACCCCAACAACCUGCAAGCACUUGACAUGCAGGGACACAUCUGCUCUGAGUUGGGAGACACACAGAAAGCCAAAGGAGUUUUCCUUCGUGCAGUGGAGCUGAGUCCAGAUGAAGGCCACAGUAAAUACAUGUACCUUGGACAAAUCCACACCGGAUUGGAGGCUGUAGGUUACUACACUAAAGGGAUACAAGUACUACUGUCAACAUUGGAGAAACAAGAAACAGCUCAAGCUGGAGCUGCUGCAGCUGCAACAGUUGAAGAUAAGGAACCGCCAUCUGAAAAGGAUGUCAGUGUGGCGUACUGCUCUAUUGCGGAGAUUUAUUUAACAGAUCUCUGCAUGGAAGAGGGUGCUGCAGACAAGUGCCGGGAGUCUAUUGAGAUGGCAUUAAAGUAUCAGCACGACAAUCCCGAGGCUCUACAGCUUAUGGCCAGUUACCUGUUUAGUACAGAGAGAAACCAGGAGGGCAAAGAGUACCUGUUGAAAAGCGUUGGAACUUGGCUCCCAGCACAAAAGCAGAGCACAUCCUCCUCCAGCACAGAGGAAGACGUGCAGAAAGACAUCCCUCCAUACGAGUCCCGCAUCACCACAGCCAAACUACUCAUGGAGUGUGAGGAGUACGAGAUGGCGGUAGAUGUUCUGGAGGGUCUUCUGGAAGAAGAUGAUGAAGUUGUGCAGGUAUGGUAUCUCUCUGGCUGGGUAUGCUACCUGCAGUUGGAAAAAGCAAAGGAGCAGCAAGAAACCGAGGGAAGAGAAGUGACAGAGGAGGAAAGGGAGGAAUGGAAAGCUCUACAGGAGGCAGCCAGAUCCUACCUGACUAAUGCAAAGAAACUGUACAGUAAGCUGCGAUGUGAUGAUAAGCCGAUGUUGGAGCACACUGAGCAGCUGCUGGCUGAACUAGGAGGAGAUAUGGAGCCACAGGAAGGAGAUGAAGCCUUGGAUGAUGACUACGAGCCCUGCAGUGAUGAGGAUGAGAACAAUGAUGCAGAAGCUCCCAUGGAGCACUGAACUCACCACCUCGCCUCUUCUUAUCUGUUUUCCCAUCACACCUUCCAGCAGAUUUUGUAUGCUAUCUACAGUGCCUUUCUAAAUGUAUUUUUUCCUUUCUUGCCACCUUAUCAAAGAUUAAACCGAUAUACACAAGUGUGGAAUUAAAAGCUGCAGUCAGUCUUUCAGUCAAGUUUCUAAAUGCUUUUUGAUAAACAAGUGCGUACCUGAGUGAUGCUUCCUCUAAUCUCCUUGAAAGAUAGAUACAAGUGAAAGUUUUAAAGCUUUAAUUCUCAUCAGCAGCAAAACACCUUUGAAUGAUUUCACCUCUCACCCACGCAUGGUUUCAACACACACGCACAUGCGUGGGCGCGCACAAGCACAAAAACCGCAAAAGAAGCACAUUAAUGACCCUAUUUGGUUCUGACAACCGCAGCAUUUGUAUUUUUCAAACUCAACAAGUGAAGCAUCUCAUUCAUCUGUUUUAAAAUGUACAACUGGGAAGUUUUUAUGUGCUUUACAUGUCAUUUUUAGUGCUGAAGGUUUAAGUUCAGUGUUUUUAUUGUGAUGUUUCACAGUAUAUGUUCCAGCUUCAUUUUCUCUGCUGACUCACUGCGCUGAAAAAACAGAGAUUUGACAUUUACUUAUGCAGAGUGUCUCUCUGCUCGACUGUUCAAGUGACUUGCAUAAAGCCUCUCUGAAUGCAGGAACGGGCAGCAGUCUUUUUAAAUGAGUUUUCAAGUAGCUCUCUUAGCAUUCGCUUGCCGUUAUGGACAUGAAAGCACGGGUUCGUGUAACGGCGUGGCACAAUAACAGACAACACUGUCAGCUCUCUCGUUUUUUUACAUUUCUGCAUCCAGGUGAGGAGUUUGUAUAUCAAAGGAUUGAACUAUUGGGAAGGAUUUUUGAGUGUCUCAACAGAGACUCAACUGUGUUUUUUUUCUGUUUUUACUUUUGUGGUAAGAACACAGUUACAGCAUAUCAGUUUAUUGGUUAAUUUUACUUUUAUAAAUGAAAUUAGUUGAAAUCUGAACAACAGACAGCUAUGCAAGUCCAGGAGGAAUAAUAUUUAAAUUACAGUUUGUUUUUUUCAAUCAUCCAUCAUAACUUCAGUAGGUUUUUAUUUCAAGCUUAGACACUUAAACGAUAUCUAUGUUAUGGAGUAAAUAAACAUUAUAUUCUAAGAUUGAAAAAAAGUUUAGUGGAACAUGUCAGAUCUCCACAGUAGAUUUUAUUUCAAGGUCUUAAUAAUUAAAGAACUGUUCAUAAAGCAAUGUGAAAGUAAAAAAAAUAAAGAACAUGUUGGGAUUUUCUAAAC